AAAUUAAUCUGUGUUAUGGAUUAAAAUAUUUAAGAAGAAGAAGAAAUUCUUGAUGAGAAGCAAAUUUAGGAUAAAAUUAGAUAUUAGAAAAUCUAAUAGGAAAUCUAAGAAUCAUAAGAUAGAUCUACAGAGACUUUAUAAAAGAUGAAACUUACUUUCUAAACAAUUAAUGAAGUUUAAGAAUAAGCAAGAUCAACUGUAGAUAAUAUCGACAAUUUUUAAAAAACAUUUAGUAUUACAAUGGAUAAGUUACUUGAAAAUAUUGGCAAAUCUUUAGUAUCAAAUAGCAUAAGUUCAAGUGAGCAUAACCCUAAAACAGCUUAAGAAAUUACUAUUCAAUAAGCUAAAUAAUUAAUAACUAAAAAUACUGUAUUAUUAUGUGGUGCAGGUCUAAGUUAAGCAAGUGGUAUUCCUACUUCAAUAGAAUAGAAUAGAUGUUGGAUAAAAGGAUAAAGUAGCUAUUAAUUGUAAAAAUUAAAAACUAGAGAUUUCUUAUUAGAUUAACCUGAAAUAUAUUGGGAAUGGCAUAAAUAAUUUAAGUCAUAAACUUAAGAUAAAAUUCCUAAUGCUGGUCAUAUUGCUAUAAAAAAUUUCAGAGAAUAAAACCCAAAUGUAUUAAUUGUUAAUCUUAGUAUUGAUAAUAUUUUAACAUCAGUUUUAGGAUCUGAAUAGAUUAAAUAUGGUUAUUUUAAAGAAAUAUAUGAAAUUAAUGGUAAUAUCCAAUAUAUGAGAUGUUUAUAUGAAUGUACAUUUCAGGAAGGUGAAUUAAUGACUGUAUAUGAUAUUCCGAAUUUCGAAUAAAAUGAGAUUCCAAAAUGUCCAAUUUGUGGAGCAAAAGCAAGACCUCAUUUAUUACUUCUUGAUGAGGAGAUUCUUGAUGAAAAUUGUAGAAUUACAGAAAUUUAAGAUUAAUAUUCCAAAUGUGACACAAUUAUUGUAAUUGGCACAGCUUUAUAAACUCAUUUCGCUAAAACAAUUGUCUGUGAAUUCAUUAAAAAGAAAGCUACAAUUAUUGAAAUUAAUCCAGAACCACUCAUAGAAGUUGGAAAUACUUUUUGGUUAAAAGGAAAAUCAGAAGAUAUUUUGCCAGAACUAUUUUAUUGA